AAGUUGAUUUCGAGAGGCAACAACAAAUCGGGUAGCGUGCGGUCAGCUGUAUUAAGAGCGUAGAGUCACCAAAUUUGUAUGCAAGCAGAGCAUGCGGGUGCUCAUGAUAGUCUAACGAAAAGAAGAGCAAGAAGUACAAAUAGGCUUUAAUUUACGUCGGAUUUACCGGAUUUAUUCAAGUUGGUCGCACCAAUGGAUUUUCGAAUUGUUGCAGCUCUUUUCGUUGUGGCUGUCCUGACUCAAGGCAGCUCCUCCAUCGGGGUGGUGGAUGACGAGGCGCGUCUCACCGCGCCCCAUCAGCACUACGCGUGCCCCGCGGGUGCCAACGUCACGCUGAUGUGCGAGCAGCACGGGCACCCCCACUCGGGCGACCAGUUCCACGCGGCCUGGCUCUACACGCCGCACUUGGACCGCCACUGCCAGAAGGGGCAGCACCCUCGCCAGGGCCGUAUCCGCCGCACCAACCACUCGCUGCCCUUGUCCAGCGUGGGCGUGUACAUGCUGGAGGGCUCGCGGAUCAUGCUCCACCUGACGGACGUGCAGCCGGGGGACCAGGGCCGCUACUGCUGCCUGGUGGCCGAGAAACACCACAAGGGAACCCUGCACAGCCACGUGCUGCUCACCGUCGGCCCCGCACACCCAGGAAGCCUGACCUGCACAGAGAUGAACCCCAACUCCAACAGUGAUGGCAAAGUUACUGCAGUCUUUGCUACAGCUGCCUGCAUCAUGGCUUUCCUGUGCCUUCCUCUCAUUCUGGUGCUGGUGUACAGACAGAGGCAGACUGCCCAGGCCAACAGACGUGCACAUGAGCUUGUCCGAAUGGACAGUGAAGCUCAGGGUCACGACAACCCUGUGUUCCUGGCGGGCUCCCCCCAGGCCAAGACCCGCACUGUGUCCCAGAUCAUGACCCGCCAGUCCUCCGAGACGGGGCGCCACCUGCUCUCCGACCCUGGCACCCCCAUGACCCCCAAUGCCUUCGGAGACGUCUUCUUCCCAACGCAAGGUGAACAGGGAACCACACAUGUGCGCAGAUGUAAUGUGAAUGCCAGCCACAGAAGAGAACACAGAGGAACCUUCUGAAAGCCCAUCCCAGAGUCCCCCAACUUCCUGCAAGUGUAGCCUGAAGGGACCUGUGACCUGUGACCUGGAAACGCUGUGUGGUUUUCUCUUCUUCUUCACUGUUUCACACACUCCCCUGCUACUACCCCAAAACCUGCACCACUCCCUUAAUGUGUGUGUGUGUAUGUGCGUGUGUGUGUGGGUGUGGUGUGUGUGUGUGGUUGUGUGUGUGUGCGUGUGUGUGUGUGUGUGUGUAUGUGUGUGUGUGUGUGUGUGUAUGUGUGUGUGUGUGUGUAUGCAUGCAUGCAUGUGUGGUUUGAAGACGUCCCCUAACCACUUUGCUUGUGGACAAAUUGAAGAGGAAGAGACAAUCCAAGAAAAUUACAAACAUAAGGAAAUGACAAGCUGUCACACCUGCAACAACAAGCGAGAGGCCAAAUUUGGAACUGAUUUUCUCAGCAUUGUGGUGUACUAGGGGCUGCUUUUUUGGAGACACCACUGACACUCUUGUCGUCCCUUCUACACGAGAACUGGUAGCAUACAGAUGUCUGGUGAUUUGCCAUCCAAAACAUUCCAGAGACUGGGGACAUGGAGACGAGUUGGAGAGCGGAGGUCUCGCAGACUGUCUGGUCUGUCUGAAGGGUCUCAUCAGAUGUCUGUCUACAGUGUCUCUGGACUCUUCCCAUGUGUCUAUACUUGUUGCUGAAGUGCUUACCAUAUGGACAUGUCACUGCCGAGGCUACUAGCCACUCACUUACUCUUGCCCUCCCCUCAAAGUUACUACGCAUCAGUUAUCUGCUUAGUAAUGUUCAUAUUUGUUCACCGUUAGCCUUAAAACUGUUGGGUUUAUGAGUAUAUUUUUAAUUGUACAGAACAGACGUUAUUUUAGAUAUAUGUGUCAUUUUUGGUUGCUUGGUUAUCUCAAUAUCUUUGCAUAAAUGUUAAAGAUAGAUUGACUUUUGAAGUAGUAUCUGUGAACAUUUUUGUUUUGUUUCAAAAGCUUUAUACAGCAUUGUUAAAAAUGCACAAGAAAACACGUAGGCCAGCAUUCAUGACCAUCAGACAACCAUCAGACGUGUGGAGGCAUGUCUUGUUUCAAACACAAAACGCAAAACCACAGUCCAUUUCACAGAAUUUGACCAUGCUUGCAUAUUUGGUUUAGCCACUGUCUCUUUCUACCAUUGGUGCAAUCGCUCUGGUCAGCAUUUCUCGAAAAGUGUUAAACCAACCACUAACAGAGAACACUUUGAAGACUUUCUUGCUAUUGAAGCGGCUCAACAAAACAUGUUGCCAAAUACAAUCCUGAUCAGUUCAUCGUAAUUCUCUCAGAUUGCUUGCUCUUUCUCUUUCUGGCUGAACACCAGAAAACGCCCUUUUUUCUGACAUUUUUGCACUCCUUUCAGAUCAGUUAUGCUACCUCACUUCUCUUCAGUGCACAAAAAACACCUUCCAACCUCUACUGUUUCAGGAUCAGACUGUUCUUUUACUCUGUGUGCUCUUCAUGUCGAAAUAUGGAAAAAGAUGUUGAUAAGGAAGAAUACAAAAAAGCAAAUUACAGUCACUGUAUUUUGUUUUUUGUUUGGUUUUCAUAGCUUAUAGUAGGCUUUCCAGUUUUUUUUCGUUUGCUAUUGUUGAAAAUUUAAUUUUACAGUUGAUUGAUAUUGAUGAUAGUAUGAUAGUUGUGCAUAUGUGUGUGUGUGUGUGUGUGUGUGUGUGUGUGUGUGUGUGUGUGUGUGUGUGUGUGUUUGUGGGGGUGGGUAUGGGUGUGCGCGUUCAUAUCUGAAUGUGUGAUAGUGUGAGAGUCUUGUGUACAACUGAACCACAGCCACAGCCAACCACUGCCGCUAAGAUUUUGAACUUUUAUCAGUGAAAAGAACUUUUGAAAUGUCUUCAAGUCUUUCUGAAGGACAAGGAAGCCAACGCUCAUUUUCAGUAUGGAAACAAAGCUGCAUGAAGGCAAAACACAUUCAGAGGACAAGAAGUGGGAUUCAAAAUUUGCAUGAAAAGUAGAAACGAUGUGACUUUUGUUACGCUGCAUUAGAUUGUAAAAGUCACUUGUUGUUAAUGGUGAGUAUUUGCUGGGCACCAUCUGCUGUCUGUAAGACACGCAGGGGACUGCUCUGCUGUAUCUCUCUCUCUUUGUGACCAUACUCUUCAUGAUUCCAAUGAAAACAUCAAAACAAAAACAUGACAAAAAUGUGGCUACAUGAUGUCAACAGCAGUCAUGUUGUCCAAACAGUGCUAGUGUGUGUUACAAUGUCAUUAAAUGUCACAUUCAAUUUAUAUCACUUAAUAGGCUUUAACUGGCAUUGCAAUCAUACCCUGCAUUUUGCAGCAAUUUAUAUUGCUCUUGUGAAUACAUCUGUACAAAAAAAAUAUUUUGAUUUGCCCUGCAUUCUCUUUUAUAAAAUAAAAUGUGUUAUACUAUUUCAUAUGAAAA